UAUAAUGACUAAAGAACUCAAAUGAGUUUGAGGCUACCUGCCCCCCCAUGUAACCGAUCUAUACUUCAUAUAGAACUGGGGAAAUUCCUUGAUUCUAAUCUUGAAGGAAAAAAAUGCAGUCUAAAAUAUUUUUAUAUAUUCAACACACAAUUUUUAUAGCAGACAACCAUAUUUCUACCUAGCUCUCUCAACAUCACUAUGUAGUCCAUUGAGUUUAAACCAACUCAUGUAUUGUAAUAUUUUAAAGCCUUUCUGUAUGAAAGGCAUACAGAAGUGGGAAUCUUGCAUACAGAAGUGGGAAUCAGGGAUGAAACUGGGUCCUUUUAAGAAACAAAACACUUGGGAGUUUCAGGUUUCAGACCAGGUGCUUGAAAAAUUGCCUCCCUAUAUGCCAACUCUGUUUUCUUUCUUUAAGUCUCACAGGCCUUUUCCACUGCUUAAACAUAAGCAGAAAAACCCAUACAGACUGGUCAAUAUUCUUAAACUUAACCAGGGGCAGGACUGUGAUUACCUGUCUGGUCCAGAGAUGAAUGCAGGUUAUAGCCUUCUCCAGUCAUAUUCAUCUAUUUCUAGAUCUUUGCAAAUAAAAUUGUAUUAUUCUUGCAACCAAAACAGAGUAGGGAAGGGGAACAAAUUUCCACCUCUGGCUAGCAGACAGAAUUAGAUAAUUCAGUUUGUUAGUAAAGAAGGAAACUAUAUUUGCAGCCGCCAGAUAAUUUAAAAAGUGUUAAGAAACUAAACUGAGCUGUUUCUACUGUGUUGAGUGUAAUAGCGUGCCUGAACAAAGUGGCAGACCUACCCGCUCUCAAGGGACUGUACUGCAUACUUUCAGAGCUGAGGUGAAACAAUAUGCCGAGUUUACCAUUAUUCCCCACAGGUUAAGGCUGUCUGCCUAGUUUGGUCUUAGAAGGACAAGAGACACAAACUGGGGACCAAAGAAACAAGUUCUCUGAAUGACUAAAACCUACCUGUGCCUUUUGUCUUUCAAAAACUGUCUCCAAAUAAUCAAGCUAGAGAACAGCAGCAAUAACUAUUAUAAUUGUAUGUAGCUCCUAAAACGGCUGCUUCCUUCCAGCAGCUGCCCAAAGAGCAUCAUGGGAAUUGUUUGGAAAAAACAUCCCCUGGCCCGUGUCCCUGGCAGAAUUGGCAGUGUCCUCACCACUCAAGAGAUUGUCUCUUAAAAUGCUGGUCCAAACUUUAGUGCACCCAUCCAUGGAGGAGAAAGUGUGCUGAUUAAGCCCAUUACGUCGAAGAAAUGGUUCUGCUGGCGGCAGUAGCCGAAGCGCUGUUGGUUCUGUGUUUGGCUGUGCAGUCGGACUCUCUCUGCUCACCCACUACCUUUUACAAGAACUGCUGGAUCCGACGCUUCCCGGGUCUUUUGAUUGACCUGCGGGAAUCACAGAAGAGGGGAGCCCAGGUGCUGAAGAUUUAUGCAGAAGUCUCACCCCAACAGUGCAGCAGAACCUGCUGCCUUCUGAGGAAUGUUUCCUGCAAUCUAGCAGUGUUCUACCAUGGAGCCGUUCAUGAGAAUAUGAAUUGCCUGCACAUGUCUUGCCCAGCAUUGGAAAGCUGCAUAUUAAAGGCUAGAAUCAAUGUCAUUUUGUACAACAUCACAACAGGGAUUGAUCCAGAUCUUCUUAUUUUUGAGAAACUGACAUCCAAAGAGCCAAAUACUCACUUCACACCGAGUAAAUAUGAAAGUCAAAACAGCACAAAGUCCACCGAGUGGGAAAGAUGCCAGCAUCAUAAUGCCACGUCGAGCUCUCUUCUGCUCCAAGCUCCCUCUUCUACCACCAGCCACAGCUUAUCAGCAAACACUUACACCUCCAGCACAAGCCUGACAGUCCAAAAACAUGAGGUUACUACUUAUUCCAGGGCAGAAACUUUUCCACCAGAUGAUCAUUUUGCUAAGAGGACAUGCACAACUUCAGUAAGCACUAUGUCAACCACCAGCUCAGACAAGAAGGCUGCACACUCAACUUUGAUAUCAAAGUCUGCCGAGGUAUUAUCCCACAUGCCCACUCCUCCUCGUCUGAACAGCAGUAAGCAACACUUAAAUGAAACCAAAGGCUACAGUGGUAGGAAUUAUACUUCGGAUAAUGAGGCACCUGCUUGGGAAGCUGCAGCUUUGGGUGUCUGGUUGAUUCCUGUUGUUUUUUGCUCUUCUCUCAUCUUCCUUUGCUGUUGUACUGUUGCUUUCACAGCAGGGCGUUGCAGCAAUAGAAGAGGUCAGUAUAAGCCGAUAAGGAGAAGAAGAGCAAUGUCGAGACAAUUCAUAAAAUAUACUACUGUCAAAGGUGAUUUGUAAAAUACUGUCACCAUCCUUGUUUUGGAACAAAUAGCUUUUUUCAAAAUUAAUCAUAUAUACCAACUUAUUUCUUUUACAAAACCAAAUAUAAUUUUUUCACUGAUGGUUUCAGAAUCUUUCAGUUGUAAUUUAAUUCUUGACAGAUGAAACACAAUUCCCCUGUCUCUUUAGGUAAGAAGUACACACUCAUAGCUCCCACUGCAUGCUCAGAGGUGUUCAAGCACAUUUUGGUUCAAAAUCCGACCCAGACUAAUGCCUAACAAACAGUAUACACUUUCCCUAACUUAAGAGAGCAGAUUCACUGCAGCUGUACGUACCCUCUCCCCUGACUUUGAACUAACCUGAGAAAAUCGAGUAUAAGUGUAAUCAGUAAAACCGACCAAAGUUUUAUAGUAUCAUAAAAUCAUUUAACCCUAAUCAUCCUUUAAUUGCCUCAGAUCUCAUUGUUUCUAUAAAAACUAUCAGUUUUUUCUCCAAGUUCUAGAUUUACCUUUUUUCCUCAUUUAUCCCUAAUAUUGAGACAAAACAAUUUUAGCCAGCACUCUUUACUCCUUCAAAGAAAAACGCCAAAAAGUACCCA